CCAAAUAGAUGGACGGUUGAGAUCGCAGGCGUUGGUUUUGGGGUUUACUCAGGACCCCACCCAAACGCGCCUGAGUACAAGGCCAAACAUCCUCAUCUCCUUCCCAUUGUAAUCCCCCCUAAACAGAACUGAAGUCUCCAGCAUUACUCAGUUUUUAGAGAUUCGGAGAAUUCGAUCGACCGGCGCAUCUAAACAAUGGCGAGCACCGUCGAUGCGGUGGGAGAGCCGAUCCCGACAUCGGCGGUCCUCAUGGCUUCAUCCAAGCACAUCGCGACGAAAUGCCGAUCGGAGAAUGUGGCAUUCAUCAACUGCAAGAAGAAAGAUCCCAACCCUGAGAAAUGCCUCGACAAGGGCCAGCAAGUUACUCGCUGUGUUCUCGGCCUGCUAAAAGGGCUUCACCAGAGGUGCACGAAAGAGAUGGAUGCUUACGCAGGGUGCAUGUAUUAUCACACCAACGAGUUUGAUCUAUGCCGCAAAGAGCAACAGGCAUUUGAGAGCGCAUGCCCGUGGUCUGAGUAGUCAAGGAUGCUCGUGAUCCAUCUUAUGAAUAACUUGGAAAAGAGAAACUGUGAUGGGAAACCCUUCUGCUCUCCUAUAAACAUUACAUAGUGGCAUUGAGAAGUGUUUUGCAGCAUUUAAACUUUUGAAGAUUGGUUUAUCAGUGAACAGACUGAAUGCCAUUCUUUACCCACCAUUCUCGUUCUUGAUAAGUGCUGCAUGCUGCAGCACGGCUGUCUUCCUAAGUUGAUGUUUCUGUGUAGUUAGGUUCUGUAGAUUCAUC